CUCGAUGCAGUCCAGGCAAAAGUUGUGACCGCAGGGGAUGGAGGUCGGGUGGGUGAAGAUGUCCAGACAGAUGCAGCACUUGAACUGCUCCUCAACCGGCACGGCCUGAAGCCUUGACAGCCGCCAAACCAGUUUGCUUGGCCGGUUGCCAGUUUCGCUGGAUGACCUCCAACUUUACUUGUGAAAACGUUCUGUCUGCUGUUAUAGGAAGCCGCCAUCCUGGCUCUGUUGGCAGAACUGUUGGCCAAGGAUUACAUGUAGAAUUCCUCGAGGUUAAAGUGUUAUUUCCAGUUGAAGUUAUGAUCCUGAUGCUAAAGUGAGGUGUUCUUUAAGAGGACACAUUCUCGCUGAUUACGCCCCAGAAACACCCGAAAGCUCAACGUCUUUUGGAACGAUGCACCGUCCAUCUCCUUCCUCCCCGGCCUACCAUGCUCCUCGCUCAGUCUUUUUUGCUGGACUGCUGCUUCUGGUCCCUUGGGGGCCCUCAGAGGUCAGUUGCCAGAAUGACACAGAGCCAAUCGUGUUGGAGGGAAAGUGCCUGGUGGUGUGUGACUCCACCCCCUCUGCGGAGCCCUCGGGUAACGCUCUGGGCAUGUCGGUGAGGUCGGGAACCGGUCGGGUGGCGUUUUCGGCCAUCCGAAACACCAACCACGAACCCUCGGAGAUGAGCAACCGCACCAUGACCAUCUACUUUGACCAGAUCCUGGUAAACGUUGGCAGCCAUUUUGACCCAGCGAGGAGUAUCUUCGUGGCCCCGAGAAAAGGAGUCUACAGUUUCAGCUUUCAUGUUGUCAAAGUUUACAACCGGCAGACAAUACAAGUGAGUUUGGUUCUCAACGGCUGGCUGGUGAUUUCCGCCUUUGCAGGUGACCAGGACGUUACCAGGGAAGCUGCCACCAAUGCCGGGCUGGUGAUGAUGGAGAGAGGGGACAAGGCUUCUCUCAAACUGGAGAGGGGGAACCUGAUGGGGGGGUGGAAGUACUCCACUUUCUCUGGGUUUCUGGUGUUCCCCUUGUAGAUUAGGCCGAGGUAGGUUUAAGGGGUUUGCAAACGUUGACUGCUUUCAUGCGUCUUCAUGUAUCAGUUAGAACGAGUGAGCUCACUCAACACCAAAUAAUCCCGAGUGUAAUUCCCAUUUCCGUCUUUGCUUGCUCACAACAACUUAUUUUUAAUGCAUGAACUUCAAGGUGGAAGAUGUUUGUGGCAAUAAAGAAACGUAUUGUGUCUAUUGCCUCUCCAGCUAUGUCUAUCCACUUAUCUACUCAUGUAGCUUGGUAAAACUACAUUUCCCAUAAUUUGGGUGCUUUGUGGGAUGUUAACCGGAAGUACAAUGUUGCCAUGGAGUUGGCGAGUUAAUUGUGGCCAAACUUGUUUUGUUUACAGUUCAUAUUUGUUUACACAAGCCAUAGGCACCAUUAAGAUUAGCCGAAUUAGCUGUUAGCAACUAUCAGACAUGAUGUUAUCCUCGUUAGUGACACCCAAUCUAAAAGAAAUAUGUGUAUCAUUAAUGUGUGUUAAAUUUGGACUCCAGUAAGAGAAUAAAUGUUUUUUUGUUGUUGUUGUUGUUGUUUUUUAAGUAAGCUAGCUUGCAUUUUGGACAUGCAUGCGCACUAUAUGCAAAAGGAAAUUGGUGAAUGUUGAGUGUCGAAAAUAGUUCAGAUGAAUUAGUGUUAAUGGGUUCUAACACAAAAUAGGGAUUCCAAUAGGAAAAUGGAGGAGUCGAACAAUAAAAUGACCUUGUGAAAAAGAGUGUGUAUGAAUUGUGACAACUGAUUGAAGCUAAAAACUUAGCAUUCCAUUUUAGCUUUCAACUAUUCAUUUGUUAUUUAUAGUCGAUUUUGUCUAUAUCGUUUUAUUUUAAAAUUGCUCUCAUUGUCAUAUUUGUAAAACGUGCAAUAAACAGUCAUAUGCAAAACAAGAAAAGUCAAACCUGGCUGGUUAACUAUUCCUAACUCACCUUCUUUUGAUCCGGUUCAUUGAGCUAACGUUAACACCUGCAGCGCACCCAACACACAGCUCUAUAAAUCCCAACAUGCACACAUGUUGUUCUAACAAUAGCACCAAACGUUGUAUUCAGGGAAAGUAAAGAAAAGGAUUCUCACCUAAAACAUGUCCACACUCCACUAUUGAUACUUAAAUAUAAAUAUAUAUAUAUAUUAUGCAGCUUUACAGUCGCAUACAGUCUGGUGUACGUCUCUCUGCGGUGGAUCGGGUGGCAGAUGGGGGACUGGCAGCCGAGGAAGGGGUCUGGUGCCAGGAGCCUGCUGAGUCCACACUGGACCAUCACAACGCGUUAGUCUCAACGCCCGGGUGCACAGCAGAGACCUGUGUUAGCACUUUGUGAGAUUUGUGUCUGGAGUACACUUUGGUUUCAAGAACUACAUCAAUUUAGUGUAACAAUGGACAUAAAAUAUGAUAUGCAAUAUGCGUGAUCUUUUUUUUUGCUUCGAUAUAUAUGAAUAUAUUCAAAGAAAAGACACGUUAAAUAAGAUUUUCUUUUAGAAACUGCUGUAAACUGAAUUGUACAUAUUCGGCAGCAACAGAAGUGAUUUGUUUGGAAUCCAUUGAAAAGAAAAGACACGCUCAACAGUAAAACAAGAGCGCCCCCUACAGACUCUACGGAGAGUUACCACCACACAACAUGACACCAACAUCUAAUUAUUAAAAAAGGGGAAUUUAGGGAGCGUAUUAACAAAAUGGUGACAGGAUCUUGUAUUUAAUUUUAUUAAAAAGUUUCGUUACAUUUUUCGGACAUUUGACUAAUCAAAUAAAUCGAGUAAUCUGUGAUUUGUUCGAUGCAAUGAUAAAAAAGAAAAGAAAAAUGGCAAAUUCUCCCAUUUUGAGAAGCUGAAACCAGAGAAUUUAAACCAUUUAUCGAGCAUCAACACUGUUGCAGAUACAUUUUCUGAUUAAUUGACUAAUUAUUGCAGCUCAGAGAUAUUUUCCACCUGAAUUAUGAAAACUUAAAUGAAGUUAUCAAGGAACCCUGAUUUUGGUGUUUGAAAUAAAAAACAAACAAACGCAAUGAUAAUAAUACAAAAUGCAUUAAGACUUCUAAAUAUAAGUAAACUGUGCGUUUUAACAGGUUUUUAAUGUUCCCCUUACUUUAUAUUUACACUUAAGUACCUUUAGGAUCAAAGUCCGGCAACAUUAAAUAUCCCAUCGAAGAGUUAUCCUUUAAACUAAAGUCCUCUCUUUUUUUUUCCACUUCAUUGAAGCUACGUCACGCUUCUACUGAGUGAAGUAUUCAAGAUGCCAAAAUGUUAUGGCAGCACCGUUAAAUCUGUUAAAAAGGUUCACAUGACAUGUAUAAUGAAGUUCUUAGAGUCGGAACCUUUUAAGUCGUAAUGCAUGAAGUAC